AUGGAGAAGAAAGUGGCCCUGGUGUUUCUUCUAAUGUAUUGCUGUGUUGUGCUCAACGCUCAACCGGACAAGGUUUGUGGUCGCUAUGGAGAUGGGGGAGAAUGCGAUCGGUGGGGAAAAAGGGAAAAUCCUGGAGAACGAUCUACAAACAUUAAAGAUCUGCUUGCUCGCAAAGUCAGGACGAGUAAAAACAGGGCAGCUAGGGAAUUUCUAAAACGCAAGAGGAGAUUGUAUAAAACAUUGUAUUAAAAAGUCAGUUGUAUUUGAUGCCUAACUGAAAACGAAAUAUUAAGAUCCAAGAAUCUUUACUGAGAGCUUGCUUGAAAACCGAAACCACAGCAAAAUCGGCAUAAACCGACAUGUAGACAAAAUCCAAUGAAUUGUACAAUCUGAAAGAAACGGUCAUUAUUAAAAUUUACAAAAGGCAAUCAGUUGUGUAAUUUAUUUUUUAUUUCAGAUCUCUUGAGAAACUGCAUGAGCUUUUAAAAAGGGGCUAUGUCACAUUAUUUCCUAUAAGAGGCUAUGGAGUCUUUGCAUCAAUUGAAUUCCAAACAUAA